UAAGACAUCAUUACGACUUACUAUUUAAUGUCAGGGCAUUAACCGAAGAUUUAUAAACCGAUAUCUUUUCGCACCGUCAUGGAAAACGUAAAAUUCCUGAUUUUGCUGCUUUUUAUUGUGGUGUGUGACAGUAGUUGUCCAUCUACCUGGUACACUAUUCCUGGAAACCGAUGCAUCAAGGUAAACAAAUACGAGGUGGAUUUACCAGAAAUUGAAGACAGUACGAUGUGCGAGAAGUACACUAUUGGCACAAAGGUUGCAUCAUACAUUUCCGUGACAUCUCCCAAUGACUUUGCCAUACUAUAUCAUUUUAAUAUGUGGGUAUUCAAUGUCUACUUGGAUUGGAACUAUGUCGGAUCGACCUACUAUUACAGCAAUGGAAGUAUGGUCGAUAUUAAAGAAUAUCCUGUAACUGAUGCAACUUUCCGUGCAGGUGAUUGUGUUUAUCUGGACCUGUGGAACCAAGAAGUGUAUGGCGAUUGCAACCUAGAUAAAGCUGGAUACUUGAGCAGGAUAUUGAGUAGUGGUAGACUAGAUCUUACUAAGGUCGUUAUGGAGAGUUGUGAUUAUUGUAGUCCUUGGACGUCCCCUGAAUUUUCUGUUAUUGGUCUCGGUGAAGUAGAAGUUGAUUGCCAGGUUUGUAGGAUUGUUCCUGUUUUGUCUCAGGAUGUGGCCAAAUAA